CCAGUCCAAGGAAGAUAUGUCAGUGUUCAUAAUGUAAUUUUUGGCGUCGCGAAUUAUAUCCAACACGCGAUAUUAAGUUCUUUCAGUUCGAUCCCGUUAAAUCGUGCGGUUCGUGCGGCUUAAGUGCGAAAAUUCAACCCCGUUUUUCCGUUCUCUGAACGUGCGUUUCGUCCCGUCUACGUGUGGUUAGUGAGACCGCGGGUCUGGGUCUGGGUGCACGUCAAGCUGCGAGCCGAUUACGCGGCCGACGGCCGGAAUUGAUUCGGAAUGGAAUGAACAAGGGGCCGAUGGAGUAACAGUUGAAGAUGACGCAACCGCUGGAACUGGCAGAAGGAACCGGUGGUUGAGACCAGGGUACCCUGCCCGCUUGCAGUGGCGCAGCCGUCCAAUCCAUGGACAGGGACGGCGAUGGGGUUGCCGUGCGAUGGAGCAACGUGCGCAACGACGACGACGACCUCGACGUCGACGAUGUGCACCACGCCGGCACCGGGUUCUCGCCACCCCAUCCGACGCCUCAGCUGCCGCUCCAGCUGCAGCAGCGUCACUAUUCGAGGUCCAUGUCGUCUCUACCUCCGGAACCCUUCAUGAUUAUGCGCAACAAGGCGCUGAACAGGAGGGUUUGCAUCAAUGUUGGUGGAGUCAAACAUGAAGUGCUUUGGAGAACCCUGGACCGUUUACCUCACACACGACUCGGUCGACUUAGAGACUGCAACACACACGAAGCCUUAGGAGAACUAUGCGACGAUUAUUCUCUCAUAGACAACGAAUAUUUUUUCGAUCGACACCCCAAAUCCUUCAGCUCCAUCCUCAAUUUUUAUCGUACCGGUAAACUCCACCUUGUCGACGAGAUGUGUGUAUUGGCCUUCAGCGACGACCUUGAAUAUUGGGGCGUCGACGAGUUGUACCUGGAAUCGUGCUGCCAGCACAAGUACCACCAGAGGAAGGAGCACGUGCAUGAGGAGAUGAGAAAAGAGGCUGAGUCCCUGCGGCAGAGGGACGAGGAGGAGUUCGGAGAGGAUAAGUGUUCUCAGUAUCAAAAAUGGCUGUGGGAUAUGCUGGAGAAACCGACUACAUCGAUAGCUGCUAGGGUUAUAGCCAUCGUGUCCAUCUUGUUUAUCGUUCUGUCGACUAUCGCGUUAACCCUGAACACUAUUCCUAGUUUCCAAGUCAACGACGGACACGGGAACAUACAAGAUAAUCCUCAAUUAGCCAUGGUAGAGGCUGUUUGCAUCACUUGGUUCUCGUUGGAAUAUAUCCUGAGGUUCAGCGCGUCCCCCAACAAGUGGAAAUUCUUCAAAGGGGGUCUAAACAUUAUCGAUUUACUCGCCAUAUUGCCUUAUUUCGUAUCUCUCUUCCUGCUAGAAACGAACAAAAACGCCACCGACCAGUUCCAAGACGUACGUCGCGUGGUUCAGGUAUUUAGGAUAAUGCGCAUACUUCGAAUCUUGAAGCUGGCAAGACAUUCGACCGGCUUGCAGUCCUUGGGGUUUACCCUGAGGAACUCCUACAAGGAGCUGGGACUCCUAAUGCUGUUUCUCGCGAUGGGGGUUCUGAUCUUCUCCAGCUUGGCGUACUUUGCCGAGAAAGAGGAACACGGCACCAAAUUCAUCAGCAUUCCAGAGACGUUCUGGUGGGCUGGCAUUACAAUGACCACAGUAGGUUACGGUGACAUAUACCCAACCACACCUUUAGGGAAGGUAAUAGGAAGUGUAUGUUGUAUUUGCGGUGUACUGGUGAUCGCGUUGCCCAUUCCUAUCAUUGUCAAUAACUUUGCCGAGUUCUAUAAAAACCAGAUGCGGCGCGAAAAAGCGCUCAAGAGAAGGGAAGCCCUGGAACGUGCCAAGAGAGAAGGAAGCAUAGUUUCCUUUCAUCAUAUCAAUUUGCGUGAUGCCUUCGCCAAAAGCAUGGACCUCAUUGAUGUUAUCGUAGAUACAGGGCACAAUAUGUCGCACACAGAUGGAAAUAGCACGGAGGGGGAGAGCAUGGGCGGCGGGCGCAAUCCCGCCCAGACGGGGGCCGGCUGCUUCAGGAACUUCGAUCACUUUCCUAACCGUCAUCGCCGAAGAAAUUCUUCCACGUUAACUCCAUGUCUUCCAACGAACGAGGGGUUGCCGGUGCCAAUAUCGCCGUCUUCGCAGAGGAGGCUGUUCGACACACCGCCCGCUAACGAGCUGGAGCUGCAGCAGCCGAUGGCGCCUCUGGCCCAAGACGAGACUCAGUUCUUGGUGCAGACGCCCAAAGGUUAUAUUUCGCCAGGGGCUGACAGCAAACAAUCAGAUUCCAUAAAGAAGACAGAGAAAAUUGAAGAAAUGCCUAGCGAAUUCGAAUGUUGCUUUUGCACCUCGAAGAGCUUCAAGGAAUUCGUGGACGCGGAGAACCUGAUGCCGCUCCCUACCAGCGAUUUUCGCAACCCCGUUUGCCUGGAGAUGAGGACCAUCAGGGCGGAGCAGGCCGAGCAGGACAUGAUGAUGGACAUGGCGGAGCGGGAGGCGAAGCAGGGUCGCCAUGGCGGAGGCGAGAUGGGCAGCGUCGACAGCUCGGACACGUUCGAGAGCUGCAGGACCCACCCCUUCAAUUCGCAGGGCGACCUUAUCGCUUCCGAUAUGACUGACCCCCCUUGUGUUCUAGACAGCAACCUGUACGUGAACCCGUUGGACAAGAGCACGGACAACAGCCCGGACACCUUCACGCCCAGCAGACCUGGAGGAGUCAAGAAGUCGGCGUCGGGGGACACGGCGCUGAGGAGCCUGGGGGCGUCGCCUUCCGACGAGGCUUUCAGGGGUUUCGGACCGCUGGACAGGGGGAGUAGGGUGAGCCUGAACGAUUCGCCGCUUCCUAAGAGCAGGAGGACGAGGUUCCAACAGACGGCGAGACCUAGGACGAGAUUUGGCGACUCCACCGAACAGAACUCCCAAGAAAGCUUGGAGGGAAAGAGGAAGAGACCUCCGUUCAUGCCUACGCGAAGUCUAGCUUCAGCAACAAGAAUUAUUAACCAGCAUUUAUUCAGCUUACAGAAUUUCGGUGGUAGCAAAUCAGGAAGAAAUAGUAGUAAAUCCACUUUGUCAGUAGAUUCCAUAGACAGUAGGCAGAGCCCCCAGCUGGAGCACCAUAGGAGGAACAAGUCGAUAUUGAAGAAAUCGGACAGUAGUGGCAAUAAGAACGGUGGUGAUCCAGAAAGUGAACGUUUGAUAUCGGACAAUACGUCGUUGUAUGACGUCGGUUCCGGAAGUGAAUAUUCCCCAAAUAGACGCUUGCCCUCCCCGCCCUCUCGACAUAAGACUGCUAAGACUCUUCCUACUUAUCAGCAAGAACUGGAAAGGACGCGGAACCUCAAGUCCCAACUGGCUCCUAGAUCACAAUUCACCUUGCUGGACGAUAUAAUGAGCGCUAAGGACAAACAGCAGGAAGCGAUUCUGAUCGACUCGAACCGCUUGACAGAGACAAGCCAGCAGGUCCCUCUGUACAUAUGUCCACCUCCUCCCCUCGAAGAUACAUCCCCAUCUGAGGAAACAAGCCUUCUUUUGCAUUCCACGAUGACUGUGCCGAACACCACAGCAACCAUCACUUCAGGAAAUUCAAUUUGCAAGCGUCCCCGUCCAUCCUCGUAGCAUUCAAAGAUCAUAGUGUCAUAUUCUCGUUCAGUGGCAGAUAAUGAUGCUAUGAGGCACAAUCAUCAUUCUGAAAGCCAGCACAAAGUGUGGAACCUUAUGGAAAUAUUCGGCACAAAAUUCAUACAUUUAUUCGGAAGUCGUUAAAAUUAAUUCCAAUGCAUAUUGAAGUGCUUCGUUGUUAUAAAAUCUGUUGCUUUUGUUAUGAGACGUAAUUGUUGAAUUCUUAUAACUGUUUUCAAUUGAACACGCUAUCGCAAGUUGUGUGAACUGCUACAAACAGUGAUAGUGAAGACGUUUUUCUCCGCAAAAUGAGAAAUUAGUGUGUUUUUAGUAAUCAGGAUCGUCAGAGAUGCGAAUGGUCUGCAAUACUGAAUGGUUGUGUUUUAUGAAGAUUCAAGAAAGAGCAGGAAAAAUAGUCAAUAAAUUUAGCAAUACACCACUACAGCUUUAGGAUAUUCAAACUGUGUUUAUGAUAAUGAAAAUAGGGGCUUACAUCAUCAGCAAUCCCCAUUUCAAGUAAAAAAUUAUCGACAAUUAUCGAUAUUUUCUUACUCGCUCCAAUAUACACAUUAACUAGUCGAAUGGGACAAAUAGAGGUUUAUAUCUAAAAAUUGAGCCAUCCCAUAUGUUGGGGUUUCGGAGGUUAUCUAACAUAAUAAUUGGAAAUGUUCUGCUUCGGUACAUACUAAAAAACUCAUAAAUAAUACAAAGUUGAGGUACAAUAUACACAUUUAAUUAUGAAGAUACUGAUGAUUGAGCCCCUUUUAAUUUUGAGUACCUUAUUAUUGUUCACUUUCAAUAACCAUCCGCGUUCAUUGAAUGCUCUAAAUUCGGAAACUUUUUUAUAUUAUAUGAAUCAUGGCAAAUUUCAUUCAAAGUUUGAACUCUUAAUAAAAAACGAAAUUUCAUUCACCUAUGUUGAGCGUCAUUUAAAUUUGCCUUUGACUAAAGCGCCUUCCUCAAUUAACAUUUUUUAUCAUUUUAAACUAAAUGAGGCGAAAACGACAAAAAAAUAUUUAUGAAAAAUUAAUAAUGUAAUUUUCACAACCAAAAAUUAAUUUCUCAAAUGUAUAGAUAUGAAUAUGAACUUGAAAAUGUAUAGUUGAAUACUAUACCUACCGAAAAUAAUAGAUGAAUUCGGCCUCUAGAGUCCUAGUAUAUAUAGUAUUACAAUUGUUUCCAAAAUUCCAAAAAAGAUAUAUUGCUUGCAAUAUACUGAUACCAAAUUUUUCAGCAUGUUAUUUUGUCCUAAAGCAGUAGUACAUAUUAUUCAGAUGUUUAUACAUAUAAUAUAUAUAUUUAUACUUUAAAGGUGUUGUAUAUAGAAAUUGCCGACUGGUAUAGCUUAUUUUCGUCUGUGAUUAAAAUUAAUUUUAGGCAACGUUUCAAUAUAUGUAAAUACAUAAAUUGUUAAAGGUCACAUGGAAUAAAUUUUUUCAGGCUAUUAUAGAUUAAGUAGAGUUCACAUUUGUAGCUUUGAUAUAGUCAAACAGAGUGAUUUUUGAUUUUUGAAAGCGUAACAAUUUACAAAACCAUAUAGUUCCUUUUUUGAAUACAAUCUCAUUUUUUGGAAUACUUACUAUUAUGUGCUUUCUCGUUACAAUUUGACAGUAUGGUUUAAUGGAAGACGAUAGAUAAUGUUCAUAGUCAAACUAGAGAUAUAUAUUUUUUUUUCGAAAAAAGUCAUUUUAAAAAUUAAUGAUCAUUUUAAUUAUAACAAACAAGUGCAUCCUAUUGAGAAGAAAAUAAUACUUAUGAAAAACUAUACAACUACAUAAAAAAAUGUUCCUGCAAUAUUCCAGAUAUUUUGUGGUUUUCAUAUAAAAACUGGAUUUUUAGUUGGCCGCAAAUUUUCUCUAUUAUAACAUUGAGUAUUAGGAUUGAUAUAUACCUACUCAACGAUUAUAAUGGAAAACCCCAUAAUGUCUAUUAUCCAUUAUUCUUCCUACAAGAUAUAUCUUCUUUUCUUAUCAGAGACAGUUGAUGGAACUACACCAGCUGAACGUAUUUACUGCUCGAAUGGUUAAUCAAAAAACAAAAUUUUCAACAAUCAUUUUUGCAGUAUAUUAUAUUAAUUCAACAUAACAAUUUUUUUCGUGCAGGGAUUCAACAACCUCUUUCUUAUAUUGCACAAAAAACUCGUUUUCAGCUGUCUAUUCCGCAUCCUUUAAAAUAUGAGCUUGUUUUAUCUUAGUAUAGAUGAGAUAUGAUCUUGAAGUGUUCAUUUAUUGAGAAACAAAUUUCAUUGAAUUGUUUUGUAUUAAUUUUAUCCCCAUCAAACAGAACUUCCUAAUUAAUUGGAUACUUAGUGAAUGUAAGCGCUAAUAUUUCAAUAUUAUGAAUUCAAAGAAGAAACAUUUGCAUAUACCCUAUCCGCAUCCCCUCCUAAAUUGAAUUUAACGUAACGCUCAAAACAUUUCGAAUAAAAGAGAAAAAAUUCAUCGAAACGUUUUUUUCAACAAUAACUAGUAAUCUACUUUAUUGGUUUCAAUUUGUUGUCUGCUCUGAAAUGAUUUCUAUAAUAGAAGAUAAAAUACGCCAAUUCGAAAUACAUCAGAGAAAUUAUUUUAGUACCGAGUUAAACAUGUCUCUUGCAAAUUCUUGAAAAAGUUUGUGAUAUUAAGCAAACAAGAAUCAUGUUUUUAGUUGUUUCUUUGAUCGGAAAAACUAUUAUCGAUACUCAUAUGUCCUUCAAAAUUAAGAAAAAUUGUUUCAACAUAUUGUUCCAAAUUUUAUAAAAUUUUUCGUAUAAAAUUCAAAAAAUUAAUAAAUAUGAAUAACAAUCUGUCGGCUUUUAGACAAUCGCUUUUCACCUUUUCAGACUACAAAUCCAUAAGUCGAUGUAAGGCAUAUGCUAUUUUUUUUAGGUAUAAGUAUAUUUUUCAGGAAUUUUCAUAGUAUAAGUACCCUGCAUAGACAUAUCAUGUAAAUGUUUGUUAAAUAAAAUUAUUGUUCUGAAAAUCAAAA